AUGGCGUGUCGCGGCGGCUGCUGCUGCUCCAGCGCGGGUCGCCUGAACGCGGACAACGCGCGGUUCCUCCUGCUGGCGGUGCUGAUCCUGCUCUACAUGCUGUGCGGCGCCGCCGUCUUCUCGGCCAUCGAGCUGCCCACGGAGCGGGAGGCCAAGGAGCGCUGGGAGGAACGGCUGGAGAACUUCACGCGGCGCCACAACCUCAGCCGCGCCGAGCUCUGGGGCUUUCUCCGGGAGUACGAGGAGGCCAACGUGGCCGGCAUCCGUGUCGAUGACAUCCGGCCCCGAUGGGAUUUCACCGGUGCUUUCUACUUCGUGGGCACCGUCGUUUCUACUAUCGGGUUUGGUAUGACCACCCCAGCCACCGUUGGAGGCAAAAUUUUUCUGAUAUUUUAUGGCCUUAUAGGAUGUGCAGGGACCAUUUUGUUCUUUAACCUGUUCCUGGAACGCUUGAUCACAGUCAUAGCUUAUGUCAUGAAGUCCUGCCACGAAAGACAGCUGAGGAGGAAAGGCGUUCUCCCUCACAACAGCCGGCGGGGCUCAGGGACAUCUGAGGUGGACAGCCUGGCGGGCUGGAAGCCCUCUGUGUACUAUGUCAUGCUGAUUUUAUGUGUAGCAUCACUCAUCAUUUCCUGCUGUGCCUCUGCAAUGUACACACCAAUUGAAGGGUGGAGUUACUUUGACUCACUUUACUUCUGCUUCGUGGCCUUCAGCACCAUAGGUUUUGGUGACCUGGUCAGUAGCCAGAACAUCAAGUAUGAAAGCCAAGGCCUUUACCGCUUUGGCAAUUUUGUCUUCAUACUCAUGGGGGUGUGCUGCAUCUAUUCCUUAUUCAAUGUGAUCUCUAUUGUGAUCAAACAAUCCAUAAACUGGAUAUUAAAGAAGUUGUCCUGCAAGUGCUGCCACAGAUGCCAAAGAAGAUUAUUUCGUUCACGGAGGAACGUGGUAAUGCCUGGAAAUGUGCGCAGCCAGAGAAACAUCUCCAUCGAGACCGAUGUUGUCAAUGAGAGUGACACAGACGGACGCCGUCUGUCAGGAGAGAUGAUCUCCAUGAAAGAUUUCCUGGCUUCAAAUAAAGUCUCAUUGGCCAUCAUGCAGAAACAGCUGUCAGAAACUGCUAAUGGGUAUCCAAGGCAAAUGAGCUGUAAUUCAAAGCAAAAUGGAUUCUCUGGUGGGGUUGGAGCCCUGGCAAUUAUGAAUAACAGACUGGCAGAGACCAGUGUGGAUAGGUAAAAUAAUAACAGUAAUAACAGUGAAACAAUGUGAACCAUUUCAGCAAGUAUUGAAACAAUGUGAAUCAAGUGGAAAUAGCUAGGGAGAGAGAGUGCCACCAGAGGCUGGGAUGGAUGUGAAGGGCAUACCUCCUGACAGAAGAUCUCUGACACUUUUUUGGGGCUGUCUCUUAAUGUUUUUGAAUUGCACCAGUCCCAAUCUUUUUUAUUUCCCAUCCUUCUGCUUCUCAAGCAGGUCACUGCAGAAGGAAUUUAAUAUAGCCUUCAGAUCAAAUUUCCAUUCCUGUUCUUUUCCAUUUAUGUGAAACACAGAUUUCAGGAUAAGAAAUAUGUGUGAUGGGAAGAAACCAAGUGUGUCUACUGAACACAUUCUUAAUUCAAAGAUUUUUUUUUUUUUGAGUUUUCUGUCUUAUUCUCAUCAUACCUGUUUCCUGAAAGAGAAACAGGUCUCUCUUAUCUGAGACCAAAAGAGGAAUCAGCCUUUCUCUGUGAUAUUGCAGACCUAAUUUAAUGAAAAAUAGUAUUAAAGUUGGUAGGUAUAUUCUGGAGUUAUUGUGAUGUGAAUGAGGAGAGAAUUUUGCCCUUAGAAUUUAAUUUAGUCUUUCCUUUAAGAGGAUACUGUCAAAAGUGAUAGAAUAAAAAUUUAUCGUACUUUUAUUUUCUUCUCUUCAUUUGCAAAACAUGAUUUUUUCUUUUUUUUUUUUUUUUUUUUUUUGAGGCUACUUUUUCUUCUAGAAUCACUGUGGCUUUCUGUUUCAAAAAUAUCAAAUGAAAUUAAAACCAGAUAUAUUUAUGAGUGGUAUGAAUUAUCCCACAGUAGCAAUCAGACACUUUUCAAAUUUCUGCUUAUAUUUGGCUCAAUUGUGACUGAAGCAAUUGAGUAUCAGCAUUGUGCAGUGCAACUGGUAACAGAGUUUACACAACAGGCUUUAGUAUGCAAUUACAUGCCAGCAUCCAGGUAUUAUUAUAAGUGACUGUGAUCACAGAAUAAUUUUGGCAGUGUCCUUUCUGUCUUUCAUGUAAUUCUGUCAUUCUUCUCCUGUUUCUCUGACUUUUGGUGAUGAUAAUGGCAGGGUCUUGAUUAGGGAAGUAGAAAAUGUUUAACUUCUCAUUUUUUCGAUGAAAUGUUCUGAGUGUUCAUUAUGAUUAGAAAGGAAAUUUCAAUGACAAGAAUAAUAACAGUGAAAAGAACAUGAAAACAGGAAAAGAGGUGAUCUUUAAUGACAGUGAAAUCACCCUUUUCAUUAGGUAACUGGAGAAAUAAGGGAUCAAAUUAACAUAAAGUCUAGCAAGAGUUUAAGGAAGACUGGGCUGAAUUCCUGUUUCUCCUUUAAGCACACAAUGCAUUAAAGCUAAAUAGUAUAUGAGAGUGUAAAUAAGUAGAAUUGGUCACAAAGGACUGGAAAAGAAUAGUACAUGCAUCAGGACUAAAUGUUGCCUCACAGCCAGAAAGCUUUUCAGAAUACUACAAUUUUAAGGAAUUUAAAACACCAUUAUGUAGUUCUCAUUUUCUCUCGUACAGAGCAAUGCAAGUAGCCUCUUCAGUUUAAUUUGUAUUGGGAAUUAAUAUCAUAUCCUAUUUCUUCAUUCUGGCCAAAAGUUCUUUUAUUUAGGUUUCUAAUAUUGUAGAAUAACAUUUUGAUACUCAUUUAAAGCAAUAUUUGAAUUUGAAAACAAAAGCUUGGAAUUCUUUCAUAUAAUAAACUUACCCCAGAUAGUCAACAAAUGUACCUAACUAGUGAAAAGAAUUGCAGUCUCUUUUGACUUUAUUAGAGGUAAAAUCCUGAUUUAAAUUCAAAUCCUGCUGUCCUUAGUUACAAGGAAAGCUUACAGCUGAAGUCAUUAGUCCAAAUUCUGAUACCUAUCAACUCAGCUGUGCAGCAGUGGAAUAGCCAUAGCAGUAUCCCUUCAUAUUUGCUUCCAUGUAUCAUCUGAACCAGUUCCCAAACCCGAACUUUGCUGAGAAAAGCAGUCCUAUUUGGUUUUUGUGGGGUUCUGUAUUAGCAAAAAUUGCCACAGAGUUAAUUUAGAUGGUAUUACAAUACCCAAGAUCCAUUACAUUGUUAUACUUUUUAAUUUUUUUUAUCCCAAGACAUUCUUUGUCUCAAUUUCACUGAAUAAAAAUACUUGGAUAUAAAAAAAGCACUACUCUGAAGCCUUCUUUUCAAAUUCAUUCAGCAAUGCCUCUGUUCACAGCCUAUAACCCUAAGAUCUCAUUGUUACUGAUGUAUUUCUCAUGCUGCCAACCAGCAGAAAUAGUUUAGGACUAUUAAGAUGCCUCCAGAUGGUUUCAACUGCUCUCAAGACAUGAGACUGUAAUGUUGCUCUGUUUCGUUGUUUGUGGUACCAAGCCUUGGUUAUUCAUCACCACAGAGGGAUCUUAUCAGCUAUUUUCAACAAAUCUGAAAACACCUAUGGUUGCAAAAGCCAAGGGACUUAUAAAUAGUCAAUAUUUAUUUAUAUAAAUAAAAAUAAAUAUAAAAUAUUUCUAAAUAAUCAAUAUUAAAUACUAAAUAUAUCAAGGAGAUUUGGCAAGGCUGUCUGAGAUCACUGGUGUACACUAACUCUGCUUUCAUUGAAUCCUGACCUUCUGCUCUCCCAAGCACUGCCUUCUUUAUGACACAAGCCUGCCAGCUGCAAGGCUCUCUGCACUGGUUUUGUGGUUGGAUUUCAUGUCCACUGAGGAUAAUGAGGGAAUAACUGCACUGAACACCUCUAUUCAGAUGUGAAUUGCUGUUCCAGAGAUGAAGAACUGGCAUAUUCUGUCCCUUGUAUAAUGAUGUCAUCCUGUACCUAAAUGACCUCUGAGUUUUGCCAUUGAGUUCGUCUCAUAGCAGCCACACUACACAAUGAAUGAGGUGGCUUUACCAAGGAGACCAGUAUUCUUACAGAAUAUUUGGGGAUAAAUAAUAAGACUUUUAAGAUCAGAGAGGGAAAUUUCUAACUCCAGUCCCAUGGUACUACUACAGUUGUUUUUUCUAGAGGCAUUGGACAGAGAAAUCCCAAAAAGCUCUGUGCAUAAUGUAGCAUCAAGUUAUUAAAUUCAUAAAACAUGUGGAGAUAUAAACUUAAAUGUGCCAAAAAAGAGCAGAAUUUAGCGUAGGAGUGAACAAAUGCCCAUCCUGUGUGAAAAAUAAGUUAUAGUAAAAAUACAGAAUACAUUGCAUUUCUUGCAUUACUCUUAAAAGUAGCAAUGAGGAAUUAAAGGAAAUAGUCAAGAGAUCUUAUUUCAAAGCUGUGUAAAUUUUAAUUGUUUAACACUAAAAUCUCAGUCAACAAGAGCAACCUGCUUUCAGAAGUAAUGAGUGUCCUUACUGCCUGCUAUGAAUUUGCAUGAUGGCUAAUGAGAUAGGGGUGUGGGUUUUUAAGGCAAAAAUGCUUUGGUGGAAACCUUGGAUGGACUGAGCCUCUGAAUCUGCACUUAAGAGGUCUGCACUUAAAGAGUACCACUAAAAUCAGUGGAUUAAACUGCAGGUUGCAGCCUGGCAGACCGAAACUGAAAGUCCUUAAAGGAGUAAUCUACCAGAAGUUAGCCUUAGUUACGUCACAACUUAAUAAUAUCAUUACUGAACAAUAUCAUUUUUACAUGUUGAAAGGUAGUAUUAACUGCUAACCAAAAUACAAUUAAAUAAAGAUAGAUCUUAGGUUUUGUAACACUUGUGCAUCAGAUGCUUUGCUGGGUACGUAGAUGUCAAAGCAGGCUUUUCAAAGGCAUUUAAUUCCUGCUGAAAGUCAAUUCACUUCCCACCACACAUUGACUUUCAGUAGAAGUCAGGUACCUAACUCCCUUAGGCAAUUUCAGAAUCCCAGCCAUAUAUUAGGUUUUGAAUGUAAGCUGACCUGACAGUGUCCCUGAAAAGUUCAAACACUUGGAGCAAAGUUUCAGUGCUGCAGCACUCUAAUAGCUGAAUUCAUUUAUCUGAAAGCCUUUUAUGGUGAAAGCUUUGCAUCAAGCAAAUAACACAAGCAGUGUUUACAGUUUGUUUGAUUUAAUCUUGGCCUCUGACAGUUUUAAUUAUAUUUGACACAUUUAUAAAUUAAAGAACAAAGAGAAGGUAGGGCUGGGCAUACAAACUGAACCAGCUCCAUUUCUCAGACUGAAUCAAUCAAGAGACAGAGGUCAGCUUGGUAAAAAAGCUUCUUGAUUGACAUUAUAUUUGAAUAAAGUUUCUCUGGAAUGAAGGGUAUUAAGUUGCUUGGGUGACUCCUCUCCAACAACUGUGGAAGGGGAGCUGUUUGUGUGACCCACUGAUGUCCCCACUCUGGGAACAGAAGCUCAGUGAGCCUCAGCUGAGAGAAGGGUCAGCAUUUCAAGCAAUACAGUUGGCAUCUCUUCUUGUUUUGAUUUAGAUUACUAACACUCAGCUAAUAUAGUGAUUUCUUGGAUUCUUCAAGAGGUAGUGAUUUUGUCCAAUUUUGUGUAGAAGCUGUGGAGAAUCACUAAGUUUUUUCUUUGCACUGGGUAGAAAAUGCUGCCAAAUACACAGGUAUGAUGUGUCUAUUUGAGAACACUCAGAGUAGUUUUUUGCUUAAUCCAGGAAAUAAGAAUGCAAUCUCUUCCCUGUUCCAUAUUUUCCAAACAUCUACUAGCAAUAAUGCCUACACAAUACUCUGCUUAUUGCUUAGAAGGUCACGAUUCAGUAAGAAAAUUAAAGCCAUUGCUCAUCAAGGUGGACCAACAGAGUCUUAUUUUUUAUUAGAUUUAAGAGAAACACAGUGUGAACACAGAAAAUAGCACUCCAGGUCCAAGUAGUCAGAAGCUUAUUGAUAUGGCCUAUGCUUAAAGAGCUGGUUCAUGUCAAACUAGAGAAAAACCCUGUCACUGCAGGCUUUUAAGAGCAUUAAUAAACGUAAGAACAACCUUAUGGAAUAGAUGCCCUAAGUUAUAUUUUGUUUUUCUACAGUUUCACUCUGAUAUUUGCCUGCAGAUUUUUAUUAUUUGAAAUUAUUUGUGGUAAUAGAAUAAAUAAUAUAAAUCUGCAAAGAUUUUGAGAGGCACGAUAGUGAGAUAUGGUUUAAAUUAAAUACUCUUUUCCUCAGGCUGCCUAGCUUUUUAUAAAGGGGAACUUUGGGAAAGGCAGAAUCAACUCUUUCCAAGCAAGGGUACAAUUUCUGGGUUCAAAUGGAUUUCCUAAGAGGUGUACAUGCAGAAGCUCAGAGAGAGGCAAGAUGGCUGAGUUUUCAAACGUUAUCUUUUGCAAUGUCUUUCAAAGUGAUUCCCCUUUUAAAGCCAUAGAACACUGUCCAUUUUUUCAGGGGGUUUUUGUAGUCUUAUCUGAAAAAGCUUAACCCUGCUUUUUGAUAUAUUUAGAAGAAAAAGAUGCUCAUGAAGAAAAAUGAAAAUAACCUUACAUGACGUACUGCUUGGAGCUGCUGAAAUCCUCCUCUUUAUCCUAACUUGAAGUUUACAUCAGAGUUUAACUUCUCCAGCUCACCAAAGAGUUUUGGUCUUACUAGUGAAUAGUCACAGUUCAAAACAAAGAACUUUAAAGUUAUAUUUGUUCAUCUGUUCUAAAUACUGUGAUGAGCCUGUGGGUGCCAUCUAGUCUCCAAACCCUUUUCCAAAGCAGGCCUGGCUAGUUCCUGCCCUUCUCAGUGCAAAUAUUUGUCGUUUGCUGGGCAGUGCUGCUUCUGCAGGCAGCAGUCUGUUCACAGUGUACUGAAAGUGCCCAUCUCACAUGAAAUACUGACCACCACCCCAUACCAAGAGAAAGUCACAGCCCUUUCCCUGAGCUAUUGCAUUUGGGCGAGUUCUUAGCUCUAAGUUAAACCCAUUUCUUUGAAAAUAGCAUCCAGGCAGCUGCUUUUCUCAGUCUAAUACAUAGCAGAUGGGUAUUUUGAUCCCUAGAUAUCAUUAUUGUUGGCAGUCUUAUUUGAGAUGUCAAGGACUGAAAAGGUCAGUCUGUCUGCCCCAUGCUCCUAGGCAGGGGCAUUACCCUUUUAGCAAGUAACUCAUGGCACUGUGGCUUGGCUCUGUACACUGGAUUUGGCUGGCUUCUCACUCAGGAGUGAAUUCUGAUCCACUGAAAUCAAUGAAGACAUUGCUUCUGAAUUCUUUAUCUGGCAUUUUUCACAAGAAUUAAUUCCACUUCACAAAAUAAUCCAAAGAAAUGUAACUAGCCUUUUACUUUGCUUUUACCACCAGCUGUGCAAAUGUUAAUUCUACUCGUGCAGUACUGUGUUCUGUGCUAGGUUACUGCCCAGAGACCAUUAUUUGGUCUACAAAAUAAUAAUCUACUUCUGAUGAAGACCUGCUUAAAAUUGAAAGUAUCCAGAUUAUUGUCUCUAAGAAUUGUUUGGUAGUCAUUCAUUUCCUCAGCUGAAAAAACUGUCACAAAUAACACCUCUUCCAUGAAACUUCCUUCCAUUCUGCAAGGGUAGAUUUUGCUCUGUGCUGACUGUGUCAACUCAUUCUUUCCCUUAGCUUUCUUCUGUUAGUCCACACCUGGAAGAUCCUUCUCCCUCCUUUUUUUCUUUCCAUUUAUCUUUAUCUCAGUUCAUUAAAUCCUUCUGCUAGCCAAAUAUACCAUGGGGUUUGUCUCUGCUGAAUAUUGUACUGGGAAGUGGUCUCUGUCAAAAAAAAAUCAGAGCCAUACCUCAUUUACUAAAUGUAAUGAUAAAGAUGUGGUUUAUUAUUUUUCAUUCAUAGACAUUUGAGUGAAAUUUUUUUGGAUCAGUAUCAGAGGCAGUGAUAAGAUGUUCUUAAAGCAUUUUUGAUGUCUUUUGGAAGCAAAGUGCAAGGGGUCAGACUGCACAUGUGUCCAUAUGCCUCUGAUCUCUUUUAAACAUUGGCCAGUUUCCAAAAAAAUUGCCAGAAGGGAUGACAUCUCACACAAAAUCAACAUCCUACCCCUUUUGAUAAAUGUUAGCACCCCACCUGAGAAAAAGUCUGAGAGGCAGGCUCACAACCUGUUAGAUACAAGAAAAGCCACACAAAGCAAGUCAGGAGGAAAAAAAAGUGAGGCACACAGAGAGACUGAUGUUCUGAAUGUUCCAUCAGCUGAGAAAGUGUCAAACAGAGCUUACACCUCCUCAGACUUGCAGUAUAGAUCCAAAGGGUAAACAACAAGUUUUGUGAUAUUUUAGCAUCUUUUUUUUUUUAAAAAAAGAUACCUUUAUUCUCUCAGGAUUUUAACUUCUUUAUUCACAGCUCUAUCCCUGCCCUUAGCUCUUCUACCUUCUUGGAUGCCUAAGACUUAACAAAUAUGCAUAAAUAACCAAAACUACAGAGAUGUUUCACCUUAUUUGCAGAAGACCUGGGCCUUGUUUGGCACCAUGUAAUAGGUCUGUGCAAUAGCAAGAAUUAUAAUCCCCAAACCACAGCCCAUGAUGAUAAGAAAAUGGAGAACUUUGUCAAGCUCUAAUGAAUUUCCAGUGUUAGAGAUUUCACAGUUGUCCCAGGCAACCUAUUGCAGAACAUCUUAAUUUUAAACAUUUUCUCAGAUGCUUAAUUUAAUUCUCCCUUGCUACAGCUGAGGCACAUUGUUUGUGUUUGAGCCAUGCUGCAUAUGGGGAACAGAAUAUUCCCUUCCUUUUUGAAAGGGAAAUAUUCCCUUCCUUUUCCGUUUUUUACAGUAGCUCCUGUCAGUCUUUGCUAUCCCAGACUAGAAAAGUCCCCUUCCAUAUGUGACGUUUUCUAUAGUUCUUCUGCCAUGCUCCAGACUGUGCUUGAUCCCUUGGUCCACUUUUUAUUUUCCUUUCAAUUACAGUGCUCAAAAUCAGAUACAAUGACUAAGAAAAUACAUUGUUAAUUGAGCAUGGAGCAGAAUGAUUACUUUCCAUAUCUUACCUAUAUAUCCUGUUCCUUUAAUUUCUGGGCUGGUGCUUGCUUGCCAUUUUAAAACACUAUUGAUUCAUCUUCAGUUUUUCAUGUGCCAUGAAUGCCAAAUUCUAUUUUUGCAAAAUUGUUACCUAAACUGUAGUGCCUCCAGUUAGUGUCUAUGUACUAUUUCAUGUUAUGUUGUUGAAUUAUUUCUAUUCUUUCAGAUCCCUUUCCCAUAUCCAUUUUGGUUUGAAUCCUACUCUUUCAGCAUCUUUGCCAUACUUGACUGUCUGGGGUCAUCUCCAGACUGGAAACUGUGUUUCCUAUCCUAUCAUCAAGUUAGUAGUAAAAAGGGCAAGUUUUGCAAAACCUUCUUCCAGUUUGAAACUAAACUAUUGCUCUGUACAUAUUGUUGUCUGAAAACUGUUCCCCAAUCAAUUUUGCUCUCAUGUUAUAUUAAUUUCAUAAAGUGUAAAUGACAGUAAGCUGCAAUUGCAAUAUUGUUAUUCCUGAUGUUCAGAUAUGAGCUAGAAUAGAUUUAACUUUCAGAUCCCAAUAGAAUUUGCACAACUGGUGAGUUGGUGGAAAAGUGAUUAAAAUUUAAAAUCAAACAAAAGUAAAUCUUGAUUUGCCGGAUCUCCAACAUAAAACUCCACUGUCUCCUUUUACAGUCACAUAUUAUAAAAUAAUUGCCUACCCAGAACUACGGAAGUAGAUGAAACCAAUAGAAAGAUCAGGUGGAAGGAUUCAGUCUGAAGAAUACAAAAGUGCUUUGGCAAUACAUGGAAGAAUUUGAGCUGUUUGUUAGCUCCACAACGUGUAUUUCUGUUCUACAGAUAAAAAUACAUUUUUAAAAAAUACAUUUUAAUAAGAGAAACAUCAGCAUGGAAUAUUUUUCUAUACAUAUCAUUUUGAUUUAUAUUUAGCCUAAUUGGCUAAAAGUAUUGAAACACAGAACAACUAUUUUAUUGUGUGUGAUAAAAAGGUUUUUCUUCCCUUGAUGUGUUAGCCUGUUCAUUAUCUUUUUUGAAACAUUCUUAUCCUUGAGAACAGCAGGAAUAGAACCUUGCAACCAGCAGAUGUUAGAAACUUCCUUGCUUCAACACCCAAACCAAUCCUGUGGAUUUAUAAUGAAUAUGUUGAAUGUGAGGGAGUGCAUUAUUCAUUUGUCUAAGGCAUCUUGGCUUACGGUCCAAGCAAAUGUUUGUCUGACAGAAAAAAAAAAAAAAAGGGUGUUAAAUGUACUUUGUGUUCCCACCAGGUACCCAUCAUAAGCAAAUCUUUCUUGGAGGGAAGCUGGCCUGAGCUAAGGUUUGCUGGAGGGAAGUCAUGCUGUUCUCUCUCUGAACCUUGGAGAGUUACACAUUAAAUAUACAACAUGGGCUCUGUAGGAAGUAUGUCAAUACAGUAAAGCCAUCACUCUCUUGCUUUUUACAAACUUCAAAUGGGCUUAUGAUAGGAGUUGUAUCACAAGUGUUUGGCAACAGUAAUAACUGUAGUAAGCUCUUUACAGCACAGAGCUAAAGGGGACCUCUGAAAGCAAAUAUAAGUUAAUAAUAACAGAAAACAACAAUGUAGAACAGGACCACAGAGAGGAAAGUGAUGAGAAUUCACUAAACAUACUCCUCAUCUUCUUACUCCCAUUAGGAAGGCACACUGCAUGUCAAAGACUGCAUUUAUGUUGGGACUUUUAAAAGGGAAGCACAGGUCUCCUUUCAGAAGCAUGGUAAAGUGGAAAAUUUGAAGGCUGAUUUUUCAAGAAAUGUGUAAGCAAAUGCAGCACCAUGGUAAUCCUACUGUCAUGGUGAACUGCAGCAGGAGAGUGUGUGAUAGAGUGUAUGAGUUGUCAGUGUAGGAACAGAGUAUUCUUCUGAAGGGAAGAAAAGGACUUAAAUAUCUUAAACAGUCUAGGCUCUUCACAGAUAUCAUUUCCAAAAUAUCCAUAUUAUUUAGGUUCCUGAACUUGAAAUUGGAAUUAUUUUUAGCCAAGUUCCACUGGUCACUUUAAACCAGCAGCUAUGUUUCCAACACCAGCCCACUUCAACAGUCCCCUUAAACCACAGCACCAUAGAAAGUGGGCAAUGUGCCCAUGUCACCCCAAAUGCCUCCUUUGACAUGAACACAGCCACCACACACUUCCCUCUCCACACACAGAGCUGCGGCCCCUUGGUGCCUGGAGGGUUCGAAGGCAUGCAGGGCCCCAUCCCAUGAGGGUUUGCAGUAGCAAGGGAUUUCCCCACUCUUGCAACUUGUUUCUAUGGUUAUCCAGCUCUGAUUUUCCCUGGGAGUGGGCUCUCCAGCUAGGCAGCCGCUCAUACUGUGGGUUUUCCAAGUACCACAUCUCAGGGCUCCUUCCCAGCCAUACACAGUUCAUGCACCACAGUAGCACAAAAGGCUGUGCCUGGGUCUGUCUGCCCAGUCUCUGCAGAGAUUUCACUUUUGAGCCAGCAAUUCAAUUGUCCAGACCCCCUGCACGUUCUGGGGGCAGGUACUGCAUCUCCUUUCUUCACAACUACAGCCUAAACCAAUACCCAGCAUUCAGAUAGUCUCAACUCCUUUCUGUAACUAUAGCAAGGCCACUGUGAAAUCCCAUUUCCCACAUUUUUAAUACCCCCAUCUCCUGCACUGCCCCUUCCCCCCCUGCCCAGAGGUGGGGGGAAGCUGGCAGUGGCUGGGCAGGCUGCUAAAAGGCCGGGGAACAGCUGGCCCUUCCCUUUCCUCAGGCACACUUCUCUCCUAGGCACUUAUCUUUACAAAAUUUGUAGAAAUUUAGUACCUUUCACAUUUCUACCUCUGCAUAUGAUGUCUUUGAAAAUAACCGAGAGGUUCAAACGCUUGAAAAGAGUCCCAAACAAUUGCAUUCCCAGCUCAUUACCACCAACAAUUGCAAGCAGGAGGCUGUAACCAUGACAUACCUCUAAUACUAAUUGGGAAUUGUGAUGGGGGAAAGGAAUCUGCAUCAGACUCAGUCCGACUGCCAGGACAAAUAGUCUAAAAAACAAUUAGAGUCAGGGUAUUUAAAAGUAGAAUGCCAGAAUAUUUCAGAGUCAGUGGAAAAUCUGAACAAAGAAUAGUAUUUCACAUUUAUGGAACUAGAGAAAAUUCUGAGGCACUCCAGAAACACUGGUAUUAGCAAAUGUAAUACUACAAGCCACUUGAGUAUAUUCUGUUUUAAAGGGAACACAUUAAAUUGCAUGAGAUGGGUUCUGAAUUAUAUUUAUAGAGGAAAGUAAAAAAGCUAUUGUCUGUAUUUCCAAAGGCAGCAGAAUGAUGACAUCUGCUCAAUGUGCAAAGCAAAUGAAAAAGAAAUAACAAGUUAUAGUGUAUUUAGAAGAUGUGUUAUUGGGCUAUAUAGAUCAUAUAUAUGUCCUUAUUCUAGUUAUUGUUUCAACAGCUUGACAAAAAGAUGGCUAUGAAAGUAAAAAAAAAGGCCAAAGAAAAACAAUUUUAAAAAUCCAAAUCUGAGGUCCCUAAAUGCUUACUUCCAAGGUACAUACACAGAAAAAUUAUAGGACUAUUUGCAGAUCUGAGUCAUUAAGUAAGAGUGAGUCUUGCUCAUACUGUGACUGGAAGGAAGAGGAAAAACAAGGAGCAGAGGGCAUGACUGAGAAAAGCCAGUCCUUCAGCAGGAGCUGCACCGGGUGCUCAGGAGGGCAGCUAUUCCCUCCUGUGCGGGUGCAACAGAAGUAAGGCUCACACGUCUCACUCGAGUCCCAGGGUGUCCAGUAGAAUAACCAAAUUAACUCUCGUAAAAUAAAAGGAACAGAGCAGAUAAAUAUUGAAUAUUUGUUUAUAUCUCCACUGAAAGCAUUUUAAAGGAUUAAAUU